CUUUGGCUCCUCCACCUGAAUGAAACGAACCACGUUGGGAACCGGAUACUCCUGCAGCUGAAAUAUCCUGAGUGGGUUGCUAAGAUUCAACCACUUCCCAGAAAAAAAGAAAAAAAGUCACUCAUAGAUACUAAGAGUUUGAAAAAGCAAAAAAUAAAAGCUGAUAGUCACAACAACGAGUCCAACAACCUGCGGCAUCACCAGAGUCGGAGAUCACGAUCUCACUCGCGCAGUCCAGGGCCUAAUCAAAGGCCGACGGGAAAACGGCGCAGGUCCAGCACGGUCAGCUCCUCUGGGGAUAAAGGAGAGCAGCGAUCCAGAACCGACCCGUCUGUGGGGGAGAAAGCUGAUCCAGAACCAGAAACUCCUGCCAGGUAUACUCCAGAAUCAGCCGCCAAAGUCCUAAACAUGUUUGGACUGGACAAAGAGGACCUAAAAGAACUAGAGUCAUACCCCGAGGAUCAGCUGACUUCUGAAAAUCUACAUCUGGUUUUACGUGAGAUUUUCUUGCGGAAGAAGAAACGAGCUGCAGAAAACCCUCUUGAACCCAAAACCGACGAAACUGGAAGUCCGGACAAAACGCCUCCUGGUCCUCUGAAGCCAGUUAAAGUGAUUGACUACAGACAUUCUGCUAACUAUGUUGCCGUUAGCGACUCGAUAGAAACGCCCACUGAGGAUGAUCCAAGUCCCGCAAGUAGGAAGGAGUCACCACUGGAAGAAUGUGACGAACCAACACAGAAAGACAUCCAGCCGUCCAAGUCUAUAAGAGUUAAUCCUCAACCUUCUCUGAAUCUGACGUCCAAAUCCAAAAAACCCAGCAGUUUAAAGGUUAAAGGUCAAGAAAAAAGAGUCAAAGACUUGAAGAAGACAGCUAAACUGAAGCAUAACAUUAAAGCAACAUGUAAAACUAGGAAAGCUUUGUCGUGUGGUGUUUCAUAUGCAAAACUGUCUCCGAUCAAAGUGCCGCCUGUUAAGACCUUUACUUCCAACCAUCUGCCAACACUGGCCAUGAUUAAAGACUAUAUAGGAGCCGCGCCGACAAGGUUCCCACACAUCUGCUCCAUCUGCAACAAGAAGUGCUUCCAUAUGGAGGACUGGCUGUCACACCAGAACUCCAGCUUUCACCUGGAGAGCUGCACAAUCCUCCGGACACAAUAUCCACAUUGGGAUGGGGAUGUUCUACCAAUCCUCAGUGCUGAAGCUGAAAGUCCAUCUACAUUACCGUUCCGUCGGCAUGACAACGGUAACCUCCAGCAGUAUUACGGCUCAGAGGGUCGAAGGAGCAGCUCCUGGUCCCGGUCUCGGUCUCGGUCCCGGUCCCGGUCCAGAUCACCUUAUGACCGUAGAUACACCCGCAGGUCUCGAUCUCCUUCUUGGUCGCCACGUCUCAAAAAGCCGUCCUCCCUUCCCUGCCGCUCACAUUCAGGGAGUCACGAGAGACGGUCGUCCUCCGGGAGGAAAGACGGGAAACUGUCUUCAUCACCCAGACGGAGCAACGAGAAACAGAAUCUGGACCACAAGAGCCGAUUGUCCAAAGAGAGUUCGGGUCCUCGUUGUGAGAAAUCACGGGGAAGGAAUCUACUACAAAAAUCUGCGGCGCUUGACAGGAUUUGUUCGACAUACUCUUCACCAUCCUGCAGUGACGCCAAACUGGAGCAUGCAAAGGAGCUGGACACGAAGCCGCAUAUUGAAGGGAAGAAGAAAAGUGCUGGCAGAUCUGUGGUCGGUGCUGAGGGGAAGGAUUAAUACAGUUAUUGUUGUGUUUUAUAACAAAGAGUUUAAUAAAAAUAUAUGUAUGGAAGGAUUCUGGUGUCACCUUGAUGCUCACUAGAGGUUAUUCACUACUGAAGCAACAAUAAACUGCUCUGAGCAAAUGAAAAACAUGAGAAAUUAUUUAUUAAAGGGCUAAUAUGUGUUAUCCA